AUGAUACUGAGUGGUGCGGGAACUGUAUCAGCAUCCACUUACUUAAUCGGCCUUGGAAGCUAUGACAUAACAGGACCUGCUGCAGAUGUUAAUAUGAUGGGAUAUGCAAAUCUGGAACAAAUUACUUCUGGACUGCACUUCAGGUUGAGAGCUCGUACAUUUAUUGCGGCUGAACCUCGGGGAAAACGUGUAGUGUUUGUGAAUCUUGAUGCUUGCAUGGCUUCUCAGCUGGUUACAACUAAAGUUCUUGAAAGACUGAAAGUGAGGUAUGGAGACCUGUACACGGAACAGAAUGUUGCUAUAAGUGGCACUCACACUCACGCUGGGCCUGGUGGCUAUCUCCAAUAUGUAGUAUAUAUUGUAACAUCUCUGGGAUUUGUACAUCAAUCAUUUGAUGUCAUUGUUGAUGGAAUUGAGAAAAGUAUUGUACAAGCCCACGAGAAUCUUUGCCCAGGGUCAAUAUUUGUGAAUAAAGGUGAUGGAGCUGAUUUAUGUCACCUAUGUUUGCUGCACUCAACUUAA